AUGCCUCCUCGAUUGAACUUUCGUGCUGCGGCCCGGUCUCUUGUUAUAUUAACGAGGCCUUCGAUUGCCUCGCAUCAGCCCCGAAUUGCGCAAGUUGUGUCACGACGAGGUUUCGCGGAGGAGAAGAGCCAACAGCCAACGGGCCCGAAGCCAGAUGUUCUGCCAAAUGUGAGCGAGGAAGCGGCAGAAGUGAGCAGAGUAAUUGGGAAGGAAGGACCGGAUUUGGGGCAAGGAACUCCUGUGCAAGAUAUCCUCAAGGGCGACCAGGAGGGCAAGGAUAACGCGCCCCAAGUUAUCAAGGAGGAGAUUGAGGGAUUAAAUGCCGCGGACUCGAUAACUUUCCAAAAUCUCCUUGCCUUAGGACAGAUCCAGAACAUUGCCAACGGUGGCCAUGGCGAAGACGCCGUAACUGUCGGACACAAAUUUGAGGUGCCCGAGUUGCCAUUGCCUUCAAAUAGCAAUCUCAGACAUAGAUAUGAUCCGGUGGUAACCCAGGUCACGAAUCUGCUGAUGCGGCAUGGCAAGUUGAGCGUUGCACAAACGAACAUGGCAUUCAUUUUAAACCAUCUUCGAACCGCCCCACCCCCAAACUACAAUCCUUCUCGUCCUCUCUUGCCGGGUUUCCCUCCCUCAUCUCAUCUACCUCUUAACCCUGUCGGAUACCUUACGCUCGCUAUCGACUCCAUUGCCCCAUUAUUAAGAAUUCGCGCCCAAAAAGGAGCAGCAGGUGGUGGAGCUGCAUUGCAAAUACCAGUUCCCCUGGGACAACGGCAACGGAGGCGGCAGGCCGUCCAAUGGAUUUUAGACGCAGUAAACAAGAAGAAAUCAAGAGGAAGUGGGAAACACCAAUUUGCCCAACGAUUCGCGGACGAAAUCAUUGGGAUUGUGGAGGGCAAGAGCAGCGUGUGGGACCGAAGGAACUUGGUACAUAAGACAGGAACGACGGCAAGGUCAAAUUUGAAUUAUUCAGCGAGGAAGAUGAAGUGA